AGCAGAGCGGAGCGGAGCAGCGCGGAGCUGAAGCUGAAGCGAAGCGAAGCGAAGGUUUCGGAAGCGUCGUGUCGAGAAGAAGAAGGACGUUCCUUCGGCAGCAGCAGCAGGUGUCGGAGUCACAGGAGCGAAGAAAAAACAAAGUGGCGCGUUUUACACCAGUGGAAGGACCAGCAGAGUUGCCCGAUUGAAUGUGCGAGGUCCAGACCCCCGGGGAGACGGCGGUCUUGCUGUGAGAAGGACUCCCGGUCCCACGUUUGCGCUCGCGCUUCUCGUGGUCUCGCGGGCCUCGGGCGAAGCCGGUACCUGCGAGACGCCGGACUCGGCGGACUGUCUCGAUGGAGGUCCCCGCUCCCGGUGGCACGUCGCCCAACUCGACGGCACCGUCGCCCUCGCCGCUGCGGCCCGCCGUGGCCCCAUCCGUGCAGCUGGGGGUCACCGUCAUCUACACGUGCCUGUACGGCUGCCUCUUCCUGCUUGUCUACAUGCAGCUCUGGCUCCUGCUGCUCUACCGGCACAAGCGCUGGAGUUACCAGAGCGUCUUCCUCUUCCUGUGCCUGUUCUGGGCGGCACUGCGCACCACCCUCUUCUCCUUCUACUUCCGUGACACCGUGGGGGCCAACCACCUGUCCAAGGCGGUGUACUGGCUACUCUACUGCUGCCCCGUGUGCCUGCAGUUCUUCACGCUGAGCCUCAUCAACCUGUACUUUACCCAGGUGUUGCUCAAGGUGAAGGAGAAGUUCCAUUCGACGCCGGGCCGAGGACUGUGUGUGGCCCGCUGUGUAUACGCCGCCAUGAGCGUCCUCUUCCUCUGCGUCAACGUGGUGUGCGCCACCUUGGGGGACCGGGGCGACGGAGGGGCGGACCUCGCCUGGAGGCUGGUUCUGAUCCGUGUGCUGGUCAACGACUUGCUCUUCAUCCUGGAGGCUGUGGCCCUGGCCGUCUCCCUCCUGCAGCUGACGCGCCUGGCACCCUCCGCUGGCCCGUACCUCCACAGCAAGGGGACCACGGUGUGUCAAACGGCGGCGCUCGGCACCGGGGUUAUACUGCUCUUCUCCAGCAGGGCGUGCUACAACCUGGCUGUGCUCAUACUGUCCAGAGACCACCGCGUAGAGGCUUUCGAUUACGACUGGUACAACAUCUCUGACCAGGCGGACCUGCAAGACGAGCUGGGAGACGCCGGCUAUCUGGCCUUUGGGGCUAUCCUCUUCAUUUGGGAGCUGCUUCCAACCAGCUUGCUCAUCCUCAUCUUCAGGGUCCGACAGCCUGCUCAGGAGCCGGCCUGUCCAGUGGUUCCCGGCAUUCGCGGGUCUCACGGCUCUCGCGGUUCCCGCUCCUACUUCUUCGACGAUCCACGGGGGAUGGACAGCGACCCGGGCGUUUCCUGGUCCUACAGCGCAUAUCCUCACAGCAGCUGGUUCAAGCCCAGUGAGACCACACCGCUCCUCUUUGCCAGGAAUACAAACCAGACCAAUGAGCACCACACCCUUUACUUCACCCCACAGAGCUGAUUGACUGCCAGGGUCUGGGGCGGAGCCCUGUGAAGCAGGCUGGUCCCAGGGGUGGCGCGUACCUCAUCGACUCUCUGGCACAAGUCGGGCGGGUGGCCUGUAUCUCUGGUACACUCCAGGAGAACUGCAGUCAGUCAGGAUGAACAGGGAAAACACACUGUGGUGUGAACUAUUAAUUGGGGAUCUUUUAAUAGUCCCUCAAAUGUUCUGUGGUUGUAGUGGACUUGAGUGUUUUUAGAGGCACAAUGAACAGUUUUAACUAAGUUAACCAGCGUUUCCCCAGGGUUUUGGUUCUAAUUAAUGAGAUGAGCUUUUCCAGCUGUGGUGGAGUUUUCAGUACUGUAGCUCUUUUUCAUUAUUGAAAUACUCCCGUGUGGUUCUAGGGGCUCUUUGCAGUUUGGAAAUGCCAGGACUGUAGCAAUAAUUUUUGAUGUAUAACCUUGAGUCUAUUUACCACUUGUAAAGGGAAUAUUGUCCCAAGUGGGGGUUUCAGACCAAGUUUUUCCUUCAUUUGUACAUAGCAGGGAGUUAUUUUUUAAAGUAAUAGUAAUUUAACAGGUGCUUUAAUUUUUUUACUUAAAUGCCUAUUUAAACAACCUGUAUUUUGACCAAUAAAUUUGAUCUUGUUUUUAAGUGGAUGGUGGUGACCUUACAGUGUGAAGCCUGUUCCCCUUCAGUCCUCAGCACCACUCAUCACUGGGACAAUGAGAGAGACCCAAGUUCCCCACUGACUGAAGAAGUAACUAAAACUUCCUUAGAACUGUUUAUUCUGGAAUAUGUACAGAUCCUUCUAUUAAAACUUUAUACAGUAUGUACACAUUAAAUUAGCAAAAUCGUCUUCCAAGCUCCAUCCUGCACUAUAAGAGGGGGAAAAAAAAAAAAGAAGCAAGAGACAAGACCAAUUAUAGUCCUUAAUCUGGCAGGGGGGGGCAGAAGCACCCUCUACUUUCCAAUGUGAUUCUGGGCUACAGGCAAAGAGAGGGGGGAGGGAAAAAAAAACCCCACACACCUUUCUACACUUAGAGGUAAGGAAGCAGUUUGGGGGGGGGAGACCAGAAAACC